GAACGCUUCCCCACUGUUUUAAAAGCACUUCGCUCAUCCCAAACCCUUUUUCCACGCCAUAAUUAAUUUUUUUAUUCCUCAACCCUCAACAACACCAAUGCCAUCAACACAAAGCACACUACUCCCCAAAUACCUCAUCACCAUCACCGUAGUUCGCCUGCUGUUCACCACCAAAGACCUUCUCAGUCCACACGUCAACACAUCAACACUGUGCCUCCUGUAUACCAACCUACUGCUCGAUUUACUACGCUUGCUUUUCGUCAAGCAGCUCAAGAACACGUUCUUCUUUAAGAUGGUGGCAGCAAGCUUUGUGCUUGAAAUGGUGGUUUAUCUGAUACUUGUGAGGGAUGUUGGAUGGGUUCGUGCAUGGUGUGCCAUUGCUUUUGGGGUGUUUAGUGUGGGAUGGAUGGUUUUUCUGCAUCCCUGCUAUAUCAGCGAUGAGAAGGAGAGCUAGGAUGGGCGUUUUAUACGCAAGACGGUCUGUGUUUGCGCUUGUGCGCUGUUAUCUCUGUGAGAGGAACGCUCUUUCGUCCGAUCAUUACGAGCCAUUCAUGUAUAAAUUGCUUUUACACCCA